AUGGCAAUUAUACUGGAACAGUACCUGACCACCGGUCCGUUCAACGAUAUGGAAGCACAGCUUGUUGCCAGCAUCAGCCAACUCCUUUUUAAGCUACACCAUCGCGCCGCACAGACUAAGCGAAUCAUUGAGUUUUUCCAUGUGUCCAAGUCGGGAGGCACCAGCUUUUGUCAACUCGCCAAGAUGAAUGGUUGCAGGACCCAGAGCUUUAAUUCGCAGAGGAACUGCAUGAUCAAGUACUUCAGGUUCAACUUCUACGCCAACGAGCUCGUGAUGCACGACCACAACCGCUCCUGGGUGGGUGUGCACCCCUGUCGCGAGUUUCUCAACGUCGUAAUCUUCAGGGAGCCGCAAUCGCGAGUCGUCAGUCACAUGCAGAACAUCCUCAAGGAGUACGUCAUCUAUUACAAUCAGUCACUGUGGCAGGCCUUCAACCCAAACUCCGUCGACCAGUGGCGUACACUUGCCGUACCUGUGUUCGACAAUUACGUCGUACGGUCGUUGCUAGGCGGUCAGGUGUAUAACAUGCCUUGGGGUGAUGUCAACCACACGCACCUGCUGGGCGCCAAGAUUGUGACGCUGCAGUUUGAAGUGUUGCUCAGUUUGGCCCCCGAAACCUCCGAACUCACCAGGGACAUCUUUGGGCUGGGACUUGGCUGGCAGUACGACUUACGGCACAUGCAUGUACGGCCGACGAUAUGGCGCCCCGUCGACGAAUUUUCGGCGGAGGUUAUGGAGGCAGUACGUGCCGCGGGACGGUUGGACGAGCAGCUGUACGAAUUUGCACUCGUACUGCAAUUGCUGGAUGCGAUAACGUUUGGCAUCGCGCAUGACGUGGCGGGCAUGGAUGGAAUCCUAUCAGCCGACAGCGGCGACGGGGACGGCAGCGGCGGCGGGGACAUCGAUGAUGUGAUGGGUGGAUUGGAGGCUGCGAUGGAGCUUAGCACGUCCGAUACAGACGUGGACUGGGCCGUGAAUGGUAACGGCGGUGACCCAGCGGCAGCGGCAGCGACGCCGGAAGCGGGUCAGCGGCGCCUUAUGGGGGCCUGCGGAAUCGUUGGAAAUUUUACGACGGCAAUCCACCCAGGCAGUCCCCAUGGCUUCUCUAACCGUAAUAGCUUAGCAACUACCAACCGUUACUGAACAGUUAGCGGCCCUUUGUGGUUGGGCUACGUAACUGCCGUAAAACCGAAAGUUUUAAAGAAAAGAUGUAUUGCUCCUUCUUCUUGUUUUUGCGGCCCCUUGCCGUUUUAGGUGUACAAUCCGAAGAAGCAUCCAAAAUAAGCUUACUCAUUUUGACAUUUGCAAUUCAAUAUACGUUUUAUUUUGUUCUUAAAAGGGGGCCACCGUUUUUGUUAAAAACACCUGCGACCACGGACUUGAGAUGUGUUGGGCAGUAGUAGGAAAACGGAUUGCUGCUAAGGUCGUGAACUGUUUUUUUUUGCUUGCUUUUGCGGUGGUAGUGGUGCUGUAGGGCUGCUUGCUGGUUGCCGGUGGGGUGUGUGCAGAGAGCUGUGUGAGAAUGGAACACAGGGGCGUCGACGAGGGGUCUAUGUUUUAGUCAUAGAGGGCCAGGUGAAGGGUGACUGACGGCCAAUCUGGCAAUGGGCGGAUGCGAAAGCCGUGUGCAGAACAACAGAACAGCUGCAUGUUAGCUUGGGGGAGUAAAUGCACAAACGCUAAUGCUAGGCGGUGACCGCGUCGAACGUGGAAAUGCUGGCUUGGAGGUGCGGGGGGAGGCAAGCAAGGGUGAUGAAGAGGGUAUGUAUUAUACACACCGCCUUUCACCCGCCAGGCUGUCGGCAAGCCUGGCGGUGUCUUUCCCCAAGUCCGGGGGGACUUGUAAGCUGCAUGGGG